AGCAGCUGCUUGCUUUCUAUGGUAAGUGUCAGGCUCUGGCUGCCAUGCUGUGUGUACAAGGACAAAUGCUCUGCUAGCCUGAGGAUGUUCCUGUCCCACCUAUAGGAUUUCUUCCAGCCGCCCCCAUGAUUCCUUUAGUUGCACUUGGACUUCCUCUGCUGCGCAAGUCACCUACGCGCUGGGCAAGAUGUGCGCCAGCAAUAGCAGCACUCCCAUGGCAGCAGAAAAGGUCCCAUCGCUUGUGGCCGACAGGGGAUGAGCUGUACGAGAAGACCACGGUGACGCGCAUCGAGAAGGACACUCCUGAUGUGCUGUUUGUCGAGAGCUACAGCCGUCAGGGUUUUAUCAUCAGUGGAAACCGGGUGAUUGGGCCCUGCGCCGUGAUACAUUGGAGCAUCCUGCACUGGAAUGUGUGCUCCUAUAAAGACAUCUCCUAUGAAAGUUUAUCCUUGUUUCGCAUGCUGGUUCCCAAAAUAGAGAUCCUGGUUGUGGGGACGGGAGACCGCGUUGAGAGGCUGGACCCCACCCUGUUGCGGCUCAUGAGGCAGAAAGGCAUAGCUGUUGAGGUUCAGGACACGCCCAACGCCUGUGCCACUUUCAACUUUAUGCUCAGCGAGAGACGGAUAGUAGCGGCUGCGCUAAUUCCAGUCACUGCUAACUAGAAGCUGGAAUCAACGAGAGACUGUUUUGUGCUAUUGCUUUCAUCACAACAGUGUGACCCCCAGGAGAGGAUACAGGGGUGCGACGCUCCGCCAACUGACUGCUGAAUGGUUUACAGUUUACUCCAGCUGUGCGGAACCAUACACCGCUACAGCUCAGAUGUCCGCUAGGACGGAGGCUGCGGCAAGUUACUGACUAUAUUCCUUACUUACGUGUAAGGGCAUUGUGGCAUCGGCUCUGUUUUGUCAAAAAUAAUUUGUAUUAUGCAAGGAAAAAAAAAUAAAAAUGAAAAACACAAAAAA